AUUCCAGUGGGAUCAUCCCCUUCCCAUUGAAUUCCCACCGGGAUCAUCCCCUUCCCAUUGAAUUCCCAGUGGGAUCAGAGCUUCCCAUUGAAUUCCCACCGGGAUCAGAGAUUCCCAUUUAAUUCCGAUCCAGAUCAGAGAUUCCCAUUGAAUUCCCAGUGGGAUCAGAGAUUCCCCUUUAAUUCCCACCUGGCUCAGAGAUUCCCAUUAAAUUCCCACCCGGAUUUGAGCUUCCCAUUGAAUUCCCACCUGGAUCAUCCCCUUCCCAUUGAAUUCCCAGUGGGAUCAGAGAUUUCCGUUUAAUUCCCAGUGGAAUCAGCCCCUUCCCAUUUGAUUCCCAGUGGGAUCAGAGCUUCCCAUUGAAUUCGGAUCCAGAUCAGAGAUUCCCAUUGGAUUCCCAGUGGGAUCAGCCCCUUCCCAUUGAAUUCCCAGUGGGAUCAGAGAUUCCCAUUGGAUUCCCAGUGGGAUCAGAGCCUCCCUCUCCUUUCCCAUUGGGAUCAGAGCCUCUGUCCCCAUUCCCACCUGGCUCAGAGAUUCCCUUUGAAUUCCCACCCAGAUUCGAGCUUCCUAUUUCAUUCCCAGUGGGAUCAGCCCCUUCCCAUUGAAUUCCCAGUGGGAUCAGAGAUUCCCAUUGAAUUCCCAGUGGGAUCGGCCCCUUCCCAUUGAAUUCCCAGUGGGAUCAGAGAUUCCCAUUGGAUUCCCAGUGGGAUCGGCCCCUUCCCAUUGAAUUCCCAUCGGGAUCAGAGCCUCUGUCCCCAUUCCCACCUGGAAUCAACCCCUUCCCAUCCCAUCCCAUCCCAUCCCAUCCCAUCCCAUCCCAUCCCAUCCCAUCCCAUCCCAUCCCCCUUCUCCCUGGAAUUCCCAUCCCAGCGUGGAACAAUAGGUUCUCCGGGGAAUCCCGGGCGCCCGCCCUUCCCGGGAAAGCUGGAGACGCGGAGCAUGAUGGAAUCCCGCAUCCGGCGGCUGGCGGUGACGCUGAUGGACGCGACCACGGACAAGGAUCCCGAGGUGCAGGAGCAGAUCCACGAUUCCCUGUGUUCCCUGGGAGACGCGGAUCCCGAGGAGAUCCUGGACGCCUGCGGAGAGUACCUGCGGCAGCACGAGAAGCUGCCCUAUCCGUUCCGCGUGAUCGUGCUGCGCUCCAUGGAAUCGGUGAUCCGGAAGCACCUGGGGGAGCUGCGCAAGGGCCCGGCCGCGGCCGCGGCGGCGCUGGCGUCCCACGAGAUGACCAAAUCCAAGGAGCACAUCCAGGAGUGGCAGGAGGCCGCCAGCGACGUCCUGGUGGAAAUCGGGAAGCGCUUCCUGAACAAAGUCAUGGAAGAGGUGCUGGGCAAAUUCCAGCCGGGAAUUCUGCCCCACCCCUUCGUGCUCCGCACCUUCGCCGAGCUGGCGGCGGCCAACGUUUUCGGGAUGGUUCCGUUCCUGAAUUCCAUCCUGGGAACGCUGCUGCCCAUGCUGGGAAUGGCCCGGGCCGAUCCCGCCAAAUGCGGCUGCUGCUACGCUCUGCAGCGCUUCAGCGAGAGCAUCCAGGAGUAUUUGGCCAACCUGGACCAGGCCCCGGAUCCCACGAUCCGCAGGGACGCCUUUUCCCAGGAAAUCGGCGCCGCCUUCGAGCUCCUGUUCUCGGCCUGGCUGCAGCACCGCGAGGCCAAGGUGCGCCUGGCCGUGGUGGCGGCCCUGGGCCCCAUGAGCUCCCUGCUUCCCGAGGAAAAGCUGGAAGAGCAACUCCCCAAGCUCCUGCCCGGAAUCCUCGGCCUCUACAAGAAACACCCGGAGCCUUUUCCCAUCUCCAAGAGCCUUUGCCAGAUCCUGGAAUCCUCGGUGGCCGUCGGCAGCCGGAGUUUGGAAGCGCAGCUGGAGCCGCUCCUGGGAACGCUGCUCCUGCAGAUCUGCGCUCCGGCCGAUCCCAACGUUCCCACGAGCGCCAAGAACCACACGGAGCUGCUGCGCUGCUUCUCCGUCCUGGGCUGCUCCUUCCCGGAUCGCCUCCUGCUUUUCCUGCUCCCCAAAUCCGAGAGUGGCUCCGAGCGCGUCCGCGUGGCCUCGCUGCUCAUCCUGCGCCAGAUCAUCAACAGCGCCCCUUCCCAACUGGAGCCCAAGAAAUCCUUCAUCGUCUCUUCGCUGAAGUUCCCGCUGCAGGAUGGCAGCAAUAAGGUGAAGCGGGCUCUGCUGCAGCUCCUCAGUUCCAUGGCUCCCCGCGGGUACCUGGAGCAGCCGGGGGCGGAAGCGCUCCUGGAAUUCCUGGUGCGCCAGUGCGCGCUGCCGCCGGCCGCGCCCCCCGGAAUUCCAGAGGCGGAUCCCGAGGAUCCCACGAGCGACAGCAUCCGGAGCAUCAGCGUCAGCACCCUGCUGCUGCUCAGCACCACCGUGGACAGGAUGAGCCAACGUGUCCUGUGGCCCUUCCUGCUGCAAUUCCUGAUCCCCGGCCCAGUUCGGAGCCCCCUGACCCCGCUCUGCCGGAGCCUGACCUUCCUGGCCCUGAAAAACCGGGAAGAGCAGCCGGAAAACGCGGGCCCGCCGCGCUCCGAGCGCCACGCCCAUCUCCCUUCUCCCCAGGCUCUGACCACGCGGCUCCUGGUGGUCUCCUCGCAGCCUUUCCUCGGGAACGGCCGGGGCGCCGCCGCCCUGCGCCUGCUCCAGGCGCUCCGGCUCCAUCCCGACCUGGAAAACCUCUGGGAUAAGGAAAUCCCGCUGCUGCUGGAGCACCUGGAAGGGACCACCGAGGAUUCCCUGUGCCAGCAGGAAUGGGAAGAGAAGCUGCUCCAGUUCCUCCGGGAAUCCCUGGCGGCCAUCCCGGAGAAAUCCUGGAUUUGCCCUUUGGUGUCGGAGAUGUUCCGGCAGCUCCGCGGCUCCGACGGCUCCCAGCUGGAAAAGAAUUUCCUCUACAGAUCCAUGGGAACGGCGCUGGGGGCGUGUCCCAGUAAGGAGCUGGUCCGGAAGCAGCUCCAGGAACUCCUGGAAAACGCCCGGUACCGGGAAGAGGCCGAGCGGGAGGGCCUGGCUUCGUGCUUCGGGAUCUGCGCCCGGGAUCACCUGGAAGAGACGCUGGAAAAGCUGGAGGAGUUCCUGAAAUCCGACGUCUUCAAGAAAUCCCUGGGAUUGUUCAGCAUCUUCAAGGAUCGGAGCGAGGCGGAGCCGGAGAAGCUGCGGAGCGGCCUCGUGCUCUGCUACGGCCGCGUGGCCGAGGCGGCGCCUCCGGAGCUGCUGCGAUCCCGCCUGGAAUCGCCCAUCCUGGAAAACCUCCUGCAGCUCGGCCACACCAAGGUUCUGGGAAUAAAAGUAGAGCCCAAGGACGCGGCGCUGAAGCUGAGCCUGGCCCGCAGCAUCUCCAUGAUCGGCCGCGCCCUCGGCAGCUCCGGGAGCGGCUCCGGGAACGGCUCCGGGAACGGCUCCGGGAACGGCUCCGGCUGCCGGAAUCAGCCCGGGAGCAUCGCCCGCAAGGCUGAGCUCGUGAUGCUCAUGGUGGUCGUGGAUCCUUUGGAGCUGCGGGACCCGCCCUGGGAUCCGCCCUGGGACCCGCCCUGGGAUCCGCCCUGGGAUCCGCCCUGGGAUCCGCCCUGGGACCCGCCCUGGGACCCGCCCUGGGACCCGCCCUGGGAUCCGCCCUGGGACCCGCCCUGGGAUCCGCCCUGGGAUCCGCCCUGGGAUCCGCCCUGGGACCCGCCCUGGGGACCCGCCCUGGGAUCCGCCCUGGGAUCCGCCCUGGGAUCCGCCCUGGGAUCCGCCCUGGGACCCGCCCUGGGACCCGCCCUGGGAUCCGCCCUGGGAUCCGCCCUGGGACCCGCCCUGGGACCCGCCCUGGGACCCGCCCUGGGAUCUGCCCUGGGAUCCGCCCUGGGAUCCGCCCUGGGACCCGCCCUGGGACCCGCCCUGGGACCCGCCCUGGGAUCCGCCCUGGGACCCGCCCUGGGAUCCGCCCUGGGACCCGCCCUGGGGGUCCGCCCUGGGAUCCGCCCUGGGACCCCGCCCUGGGACCCGCCCUGGGACCCGCCCUGGGGUCCGCCCUGGGAUCCGCCCUGGGACCCGCCCUGGGGUCCGCCCUGGGAUCCGCCCUGGGACCCGCCCUGGGACCCGCCCUGGGACCCGCCCUGGGGUCCGCCCUGGGAUCCGCCCUGGGACCCGCCCUGGGACCCCGCCCUGGGAUCCGCCCUGGGAUCUGCCCUGGGAUCCGCCCUGGGAUCUCCCUUGGGAUCCGCCCUGGGACCCGCCCUGGGACCCGCCCUGGGAUCCGCCCUGGGAUCCGCCCUGGGACCCGCCCUGGGACCCGCCCUGGGACCCGCCCUGGGACCCGCCCUGGGAUCUGCCCUGGGAUCCGCCCUGGGAUCCGCCCUGGGAUCUGCCCUGGGAUCCGCCCUGGGAUCCGCCCUGGGAUCCGCCCUGGGAUCCGCGCUGGGACCCGCCCUGGGAUCCGCCCUGGGACCCGCCCUGGGAUCCGCCCUGGGACCCGCCCUGGGAUCUCCCUUGGGAUCCGCCCUGGGACCUGCCCUGGGACCCGCCCUGGGAUCCGCCCUGGGAUCCGCCCUGGGAUCCGCGCUGGGACCCGCCCUGGGAUCCGCCCUGGGACCCGCCCUGGGAUCCGCCCUGGGACCCGCCCUGGGAUCCGCCCUGGGAUCCGCCCUGGGAUCCGCCCUGGGAUCCGCGCUGGGAUCCGCCCCUGGGAUCCGCGCUGGGGGAUAUUCCGGAGGGGAAUUCCCAUUGCCGCUCUUUUCCCAGGAAUUCCUGAAGGCGGAGCCUCCGGAGGCGCUCCGGACGCGGCUGCGGCAGGGGGCGCUCGGCACCUGCACCCACCUGGUCGCCCUGGAGCCGCCCCUGAGCGAUCCCGAGCGCUCCGAGCUCCUGGACACGGCCUUGGGAAGCGUCCUGGGGCUGCCCCCUCUGGAAUCCGGGAGAGGCCGGGAAGAGCCCGGAGCCGAGGAGCUCUUCCAGGCGGCGCUGGGCGCGCUCCGGGAGCUGCUCCGGGCUCUCCUGCGGCGGCGCCUGAACCCCCUGGGCCUCCAGGAGCUCUUUGCCGGGCCCUGGCUGAAGUCGCCGCGGGCGCGGGAGCGGCAGCGCGCCGUGGCCGUCGCCUCCGCCCUGCUGGAAUUCUUCCUGGAGGAGCUGCACGUCAGCGCGCUGUCGCAGUUCCCGGCCUCGGCCUCGCUCCUGGCCCUGCUGGCCCCGCGCUGCUCCGACGCCGCCGCCGGCGUGGGCGCCGCCGCCCUGGACUGCGUGGGGGCCGUGCUGCGCAUCGAGCUCCCCGUCCAGGAUUUUUCCCGGGAUCACCGGGAUGAGCUCCUGGAAGCGCUGGGAUCCCUCAAGGAAGGGCUGGAAAAUGCCGACGGCUCCGUCCUGUUCCGGACCUGCUCCCGCGUGGCCUCGGCCAUCGGGAUGCGGAUCCCUCCGGAGCAGCUGCUCAGCCUCCUCCUGGCGCUCUUCGAGGGCCUGGAAGAUCCCGACGGGAAUUGUUCCCGCGCGCCCGCCUCCGUCAUCAUCAACUCCCUGCUGCGGGAACGGGGCGGAAUCCUGCGGGAAAAGGUUCCCGAGCUCCUGGCCGUGAUCCAUUCCCGGCUGGAGGCGCUGGAGCCGGAGCCGCUGCGCCGGGGGCUGCAGCAAUCCGUGCUCGUGCUGGCGCUGCAGCACCCGGGGGCCGUGCUCCGCUGCCUCCUGGGCGCCUCCCUGCCCUUCGACAGCCACACCUGCGCCAUGUGGAGGGCGCUGGGCAUGGAACCUUCCCUGACUUCCCAAAUCCUGGAGCAGCUCCUGGAGACGCUGAGCCGGGAGAUUCCCUACAAGGAGAGCAAAUCCUUCCUGCUGGGAAGCGGCUCCGAGCGCGUGGCCACCCCCCUGCCCCUGGCCGCCACGUGCGCCUUGGAUGAGCUCAUGUCUGUGCCGGAGGCGGCGGCCGCGGUCCUGGAGCGAUUCCCGAACCUUUUCCAGAGCCUCCUGCUGCGCCUCGGCUGCUCCGUGGGGGUCCAGCUCCCGAAAUUCCUGCAGGGCCGGGAAAAGCGGAGCCAGCACGGCUCGGCCCCGCGCAGCCUCCAGCCCUGCAGCUGCGCCCUGGAGACGCUGAAGGCGAUGCUGGAGCGCGCCGGGAACGACGACGUCGUCCGGGAUGUGGGAAGCGCCGGAGGCUGGGAAUUGAUGGGAAUUCCUGAGCGGCACCACGACGGAAUCGCCCUCCUGGCCGGGGCGAUGGCUCGGCUCUGCGGGCCCCGGCUCCCGCGGAUCGUCCGGAGCCUCAUCCCGGUCCUGGGAAGCGUCUUCGAGUGCCAGAGGGUCACCAGCACCGCGUUCCUGGCCGAGCUCCUCAACCACAACGUGGUGAACGACCUGAUCCUGCUGGAGCCGCUCCUGGAUGCGCUGACGGCUCUGGAAAAGGAUUCCUGCCUCCUGGUGCGGAUCCUGGCGCUCCGGGGGCUUGGGAAUGUCGCCUCGGGAUGCCCGGAAAAGAUCCGGAGGCACGGCUCGCAGCUGCUGGCCUCCAUGGUCAACGGCAUGGACGACAAGGACGAUCCCAACAAUCUGGUGGCCCUGGAGGCCAUGUCCAGCCUCUCCAAGCUCCUGGAUCACCUGGAAGAGCGGGAUGUGCAAUCCAUGCUGCUCCACAUCGCCAUCCGCAUCCGGCCCUUCUUCGACAGCGAGCAGCCGGAUCUGCGGCGCUCCUCCAUCGUCCUCUUCGGGAACCUGUCCCGCUUCGGCCGCGCCGACUCCGAGGUUUUCUCGGAGCAGGUCCUGAACGGGCUCGUGACGCUCCUGCUGCACCUGCAGGAUCCCUGCCCUGACGUCGUCAAGGCCUGCAAGUUCGCGCUGAGGAUGUGCGGGCCCUGCCUGGGCUGCGAGGGGCUCCGGGAAAUGUUCGGGAAUCACCUGCGGGAAGAGCGGGGGCUGCACUACGGGGAGUUCAUCAACGACGUCUGCAAGUUCCUGAUGCGCAGCCACCCGGCGCUGCUGAGCCGCCUCAUCUCCACCAACCUCUUCUACUUCAAGAGCCCCUGGCGGGAGCUGCGGGCGGCGGCGCCGAUGUUCAUCGGAUUCCUGGUGCUCCACGUGGACGAAGAGCAGGGCCAGCAGGUGGACCUGGACCAGCUCAUCUCCGCCCUGAAGCUGCUCCUGAAGGAUCCCGUUCCGACCGUGCGGAUCAAGGUGGCCGAGACCCUGGGACGCCUCGUCCGCCUCCUGUGAAUCCCGGCAUUCCCGGAAUUCCUGGGAAUUCCCGGCUCCGCUCAGCAAUACCCCGGGGGACUCCCAUUCCACGGGAAGAGUCUUCCUGCACCUUCUUCCUCUGCUUCCCACGGGGGGCGAAAAAAUGGGAAAACGGCCGGAAUUUGGGAUGAGAUCCGGGUGGGAGCGUCCCGGGAUCCGGAUGGAGCCCGAUCCCACCCAUCCACAUCCCCUCGCUGCUGCUGCUUCCCGAUGGAUCCGGGAUCCGUUCCCACCCCAGCAGCUCCCCCCCCCCCCCAUCCCACUCUGCUGCUUCCCGGUGGGUUUUGGGAUCCAUUCCCAGAAUUCCCACCCUGUACAGAGACCUAUUUUUAAAUAAAGCUUUUGGCUCCUGA